UUGUGACAUUUGUAUUUGACAUCUAUAUGUUGUUAUAUAAACAGCUGUCAAGAAAAUAAGGUGCAAUAUCGGAAUUUUUGCUUAAACGAAAACGUUGAAAUGGCUGCGAUUAUUAGAAGAUUAGGUUGCAGGGCAAUCAGCAAUUUCGCUGCUAUAAAUGUUGCUGCUCCCAAAGCGGUGGGUGCAAUCCGGUAUUCCAGCGCUACACCUGCCCCUCCAGCAGAAGACAAACCUACUUUCCGCAAACCCAAUGAAGCAACGCGUUUGAAUUUAAGCAAUUUUGGACGAUAUGUGGCUGAAUGUCUGCCCAAAUAUGUGCAGAAAGUGCAACUAACAGCUGGUGAUGAACUUGAGGUUUUAAUUGCACCUGAGGGUGUUGUGCCUGUUCUGCAGUUUCUUAAGGACAAUCAUUUAGCGCAAUUCAGUAAUUUAGUGGAUAUUGCCGGUAUGGAUGUACCAAGCAGACAGUAUCGCUUCGAAGUCAUCUAUAAUCUCUUAUCGCUACGUUUUAAUUCACGCAUACGCGUUAAGACCUAUACUGAUGAAUUGACUCCAUUGGACUCGUGCAACGAAGUCUUCAAGGCAGCAAAUUGGUAUGAACGUGAAAUUUGGGAUAUGUAUGGUGUGUUCUUUGCAAAUCAUCCCGAUUUGCGACGCAUAUUAACUGAUUACGGAUUUGAGGGACAUCCACAACGUCGUGAUUUCCCAUUAUCCGGCUAUGUCGAGUUGCGUUACGAUGAUGAGAAGAAACGUGUUGUCUGUGAACCACUGGAAUUGGCGCAGGAAUUCAGAAAGUUCGAUUUGUCAGCACCAUGGGAGCAGUUCCCAAAUUUCCGUAAUGCUAAUCCACCAGCAGAGACUGUAGAAACCAAACAGGAGAUUCCUAAAAAAUAAACGAUACGUUUAAAAUGUGGCAUAGUUCAUAAUUUGUUGCGAUUUACAGUUUAAACGUAAUCCAUAUAUAAUAUAGCAAAUAUAUCGCUUCAAAGAAAAA